AUGGCUGGUCCUAUCCAUACCUACAACUCCACAUGCUUCUUAGCCGAUGACGAUCCCGAUCUUUCGACCUGGUACAGCUCGCCAACACCUCCCAAAGCGCGUCCGCAAUUUUUCUACACCUCCUCCCUGCCUAUCGAUGAUCCCUCGAGCUCGCUUCCACCUCCACAAAGUGCGGUGAAUGAAAGAGCGCCGCCUCAGCCGUUUUCCGCCAAAGAUCAUAUCGCGUUGGAAGAUGCUUGGGGAACAUUGCGAAAAACUGUUGGGAAGAGGGCAGCCUCGAAGGUCGGGAUUCAAGAAGGGGCUUCAACGAGGAACUCCGUGAUAUCGGUGCCGGGCUUAGAGGCGGGUCGAUCAAGGCAAGCUAGGAGUCGGGACGGUGCGAGUCCGUUUGAGAGUCAGCAGAACUCGCCAAAUGUUUCCGGAUCGGCUCUGGAAGCAUAUAAUGCCAAGGUCAGGGCCAAUUACAGAGCUAGUGGUGCGGAUCUUGCUCCUCGGAGCUCCUGGGAGGGAUCGCGUGUUCCAUCGGGGCAGGGCUAUGAGGCAGGCGAUGGUGCUGGGAGCGCUUCAAUCGGUAUUCGAAAGAGAGAAAGGCCGUCCUUUAGCAACAACUUUAAGCCCACAAAAUGCAGGACCAGCUCAUCGGCCCACGAUGAGGCAGCUCUGGACGAAGGAGACACCGGGAGUGGACGUACAACACCGAGAGACGUAAGCAUCAGCGGUUCUCCGUUCAUCAGGGCUCCUCUUGUGCCGCCUAGCCCACUCGGGCGCUCGCUUGAAUCGGGCUCUGGAAGCCAGGAGCUGCAUACGCAUACUGCGCCUCGUAGUCGAGAUGCGAAUACCUCCGGUCUGAGACCCAGCCUCCAUCAAGAGGAUCCUUUGGAUGACGCACAAACCGAGACUGGAGAGCAGCAUGGGAAUGAAGAUAUGAAGACGAAGAUUCCUGUUGGCAUCUCUCGACUUCACUUGGUCGAACUACCAAAUCUGAAGAUGAAACCGAUAUACUGGAGUCCUCUCCAUGACAUAUCAAACGUCCUCCGUGCCACCUGGUUUUACAAAAACACCAUGCUCCCUGUGGAAACGGAACUGGCGAACAAGCUUGAGGAUGGAUACGUAUACUUGAAGCCCUGGACCGACACUUGGCAAGAUGAACUCAAUAGUUGCGUGGAAAACGGUGCAGACGCCGAAAUGAAAAUUGUGCACAAGCUGUGGCCGAAAGAAGAUCCCAAAACUCCCAGCAGACCCGCGACAUCCCAAGACCCAAAAGCAACUGGUUCAGAGACAAACCUUGCCGAAGGUACCCUAGACUCAGGGCUCAAUCUACUCGCUAUGGACGACAAUCGAGCUGCAGGCGGAUCGACUGCACUUUUGGAAGCCGUCAAGCCGCACAUCAACUCUAGCGUCAUCUACGUCGAUGGAAAAAAUGGCCAAAUUCUCCGACCUAGUCUGCUUCCGUCAGCAUCCAGGGGGAGACGCCCACUCAGUGCAAUCCGCAAAGGACGACAAAUCGGUAUACCGGUAGUUCGUGGAUUUAGCCGGCGGAAAUGGGAUCAAUUGCAUCCAAUCAAGCCUAACCCUGUAGACGUGAGAAAUUAUCUCAGGAGCGCCCAAUCCCGGAAUAUGCCCGCUGCAGGUGGUCAACCAAUCUGCUACGCCUGUGCGAUGGAAGAAUCACGGCCAACGCCGACUGAUCUGAUAUUGGUAAUACACGGUAUAGGACAGAAGCUGUCGGAACGCAUGGAAAGCUUUCAUUUCACACAUGCAAUAAAUAACCUUCGAAGAAACAUCAACAUGGAACUCAAUAGUGAGCCGGUCUGGCCACAUGUCCGGCAAGACCAUGGAGGCAUCAUGGCCCUUCCGGUCAACUGGCGGUCCACCCUAUCUCUUGAGGAUGCGACACUCGAAGCCCAAGCGGUCAAUGACCCGGCUGCCAAUCAUUUUACCUUGAAUGAUAUUACACCCGAGACUAUACCUGCCGUCAGGUCUCUAAUCAGUGAUGUCAUGCUCGAUAUUCCCUACUAUCUCUCGCAUCACAAGCCGAAGAUGAUCCAGGCAGUUGCUAAAGAAGCGAACCGCGUAUAUCGCCUCUGGUGUAUAAACAACCCUGGGUUCCAGCAACAUGGACGUGUGCAUUUGAUCGCACACUCGCUUGGAAGUGCCAUGGCAUUGGACGUCCUCAGUCACCAACCAACUCAGAUACCCCAUUUUGAUUUCUCGACGACAAGCAUUCACACUGACAUUUUUGAGUUCGAUACCAAAAACCUGUUUGUCUGUGGUAGUCCUGCUGGGUUCUUUUUGCUUCUGAAUAAGGCAAACCUCCUUCCUCGACGAGGCAGAGAUAAACCCGGCUGUGAAGGCGACGACCGACUUAACGGUGUUGCCGGAGAGGCGGAUACAUAUGGGUGUCUGGCGGUGGACAAUCUCUAUAACAUCAUGCAUACUACUGACCCAAUCGCAUACCGCGUCAACGCCACCGUCGACAAGGAUCUCGCCAACUCCCUCAAAAUCGCCUCCAUCCCCAACGCCUCCGCCUCCUUCUGGCAAUCCUUCAGCAGCGUCUUCCGCUGGUCCUCCGCCCCCUCUUUGGCCCCAACAACAGCCACAGCCCCAACUCGCCCCGCUGCCGUCACAAAACUCCCCUCCAACGUCGAACUUGAAACACAUGACUUCACCCGCGAGGAAAUCGCCGAGAAGCGCAUGCUCCUUCUCAAUGACAACGGACAGAUCGAUUAUUUCCUUUCUGGGGGCGGGGGGCCGUUGAAUAUUCAGUAUUUGAAUAUGCUCAGUGCGCAUAGUAGUUACUGGACGUUGACUGAUUUUGUGCGGUUUAUUGUUAUUGAGAUUGCGCGGGUGCAGGGGAGGAAUGGGACGCUGGCGGGCUUUAGGGCGCAGAAGAGGAAGGAGUGGAAAGUUCAUAAGGGUUGA